AAGACAUUUGCAAAAUAAUUUGUAAAGUAUUUAUUCAAUUGAUUCAAUGAAAUGAAAAACAAAUAAUUCAAAUCGAUGGAGAAAAUAACAAAUCGUGAUUUAUAUUUCCGGGAUUUCAUCGAGUUUAAAGAUUUGGUCGAAUUAAAUGCCAAACUCGUGGCCGACCUGCGAGAACAUCCCUAUUUCUGCGAUGAUAUGACUAAAGUGGUUGAGAAAUUAGCGACGGAUAGCGAAAAGUUGGUCUUCAUAUUGGUUUGGUUCACGCGUUCGCGCAGUACUUGCGGUGAAUUCAUACGACUAUUGGCCGAAUCGGGUCAGAAAGAAACCGCUCAACGACUCCUAACAUAUAAUACAUCCAAAGGACAUAACGUUGAGUCCGGGUUCAGGAUUUGUCCCGAAAUAGAAGUACAGAAAGCGAGGUCUCCAAUGAUGGGAAGUCUUUACUAUAAAAUGGAUCAAAAACCCAGAGGAAAGUGUAUUAUAUUAAACAAUGUCCCAAAAGAGUGUCACAUGGAGUCAAACCGAUUCAAAUACAUAUUUGAAAAACUGCACUUUCAAGUGAUCGAGGGUUACAAUUGGACCGCAAAACAAAUGGUCAUUAAUUUGAGAGAAAUCAUCGAAAAAGAAGACAAAUCGUGUCAAGCAUUGGUUGUUAUGAUUAUAAGCCACGGAUUAGAGGAGAAGAUAAUGGGUUCGGACGCGUGCGACGCGAUGAGGGUAUUGGGCGAUAACGCCAACGACACGGCAGCCAAACGAGUGCUCGACACCGAUGUGGUCGACAUCAGAGAUAUUGUGGAUCUCUGUUCGGUUCAGAAUUGUCCGGAACUGAGAAAUAUUCCCAAACUAUUCUUCUUUACGUGUUGUAGAAAUUCGCUGAAGAGAGAAAUGUGUGGCGAAGGGAAAGUGAAGGGCAAGAAUUUGGCCAUACCUUUCAUCGAAGUGGCCGCACAUCCCAAAAGACAUUUUCCGGAUAUGCAGUCAUUAGACAAGCAAUGGGUGGACAACAAUAUGGAUACGUUUAUAUGCUAUUCCUGUGCUGAAGGACAUAAAACUUUUUACGACGAGGAAUAUGGUAUCAGUCACUUCGGACAGGCCUUCAGCCAUACAAUAGCUCAAUACGCGUGCGAAGAGACGCUGACAUCAAUAAUGAGCAGGACGUGUGAUUUUCUGCAGCUCUUCGUCGAGCAGACGGACGCAAAUCCACCGGAGUUUAGGGGUAAAGGACUUCGACGACAACUUUGCUUUAAUCCAUAAAAUAUCAUGUUUAUGAAAUUUUUAAGCACAUAUUUUAUUACUUUUAAUAAAUAUGAUUUAAUUAGUUAAUUUUAUAAUUUAUUUCAAACAUAACAAUUAU